AUGGACAGUGGCACACGGCGUUCCAAGCGGCUCAAGGUGCUGCGGAGCCAGGAAGCGACAGGAUUGCAGCAGCUUGAGGGUGGUUUCUGGAGCUGUGCCCUACCCGAAGUGCUGCAGUUAGUGCUGGCCAUGGUGGAAGAGCACGAGGACACUGUAUUCCUCAAGCAUGCACGCCUUGUGAACCGGCAUUGGUUGUCAUGGGCAUCAAAUGCCACACAGCGACUGGAAAUUGAUUGUGGGACUUAUGAUUAUGUGGCAUGCAACAAACUUUUAAAGCGCUUCACAGGGGUAGAGGAUGUUGCUCUGCUUGGUGUUGAGGAUUAUGACCCGCUGGAGAUUCGCCGACUGCAUCAGGUGACACACCUGAAAGUUGAGUACUGUGAGCUUUUCAGGCCUUCCACUCCUCACUUGCCCUUGGUGCAAGUUGGUGACUUGACGACGCUUGUUUCUCUGGAACUACUUCCAGACUCGCAGGCAGACUACCCAAGGUCUCCUGUUAAGGAUGGAGAUUUGAAUGCGCUGGUGAAUUUGAAGCGUCUCACAAAAAUCAACUUGAGCCACAGCAGGGUUACUUGUAAAUGUGUGGGGGCAUUGGAAAAGCUGCCUUCUCUCACUGACGUCGACCUGAGUGGGUGUUCUGAAUUUGGAGAUCAUGGCAUGCAGCAGUUGGCAGGCCUGACCAGGAUUGCAGCAGUGCGCUUGCGUGGCUGCACACUUGGUGACAGAGGAGUGAAAGCACUGGGUUUAAUGCUGAAUUUGACUGUGCUGAACAUCGACCGUUGCAAAAAAGUCUCUAACGAGGGUGUAUGUCAGCUUGGGUCUCUGACGAAGCUCACUGAGCUGCACUUGCCCCCUCAUACAGUUGCCAGUGGCGUGCAGUGCCUGGGUGCUCUGACUGCAAUCUCAUCCCUCGUUCUGAACGACAUUGGGCCUACGUUGGCACACAGCAAUGGUGGCGGUGAUGAGGGAGUGAAAUUGUUGGCACAGUUUCCUGCAUUGUCCAGGCUUGUGUUGAAAAGCUGUAGCUACAUUUCAGACAAUGGUGCCGGGUUCCUUGGGACGCUAACAGGCCUAGUCGAGCUAGGUCUGCAUCACUGUGGUUGGAGUUCGAGGGACAUGGUGAGAAAUAGCGGCAUCGUUGCAUUGACAAACCUGACAGCCCUGGAGAGCCUAUCUCUGUCCCAGCUUCCUGACACAAGCAGGGAAGGCCUGCAGCCACUGGGGCGCCUCACAAAGCUCAGGGUUCUGAGGCUAGUUGGUCUGCCUCUUCUGUUUGACGACACUUUGGCUGCCUUGACGUCCUUAACGUUACUUGUGGAACUCAGCUUGCGGAAAUCUUGGAAAGUCACACUUGAGGGUGUGGACACUUUGGAGCACUUGACAUCCUUAACCAAGGUGGAUCUUGCGGGGUGCCACAGAGUCACGAAUGUGGCUUUGGAGUCGCUGGGCAGACUGCAUGCUCUCAUGGAGCUGGACCUGCAAUGCAACCCCAGGAUAACAAAUGCGGGGUUGAUGCACUUGGUGCCUUUGCGGUUUCUCAGACGCGUCAACUUGCACGGGCACAGAGGGGGGAGCAGAGGGGGGAAGAGGCAGUUCCUGGCCGUGAAGAGGAAAUGGGAAGAGAUGCAUGGCUGA